AUGUGCUGGAACCGUAGAACGAUAAGAUCCACCCCGGACAGGAUCUGGGAUGACACCACACAGCAGCAGCAGGAGGAGCUGUGUGAAAAGAAGAACACAAAGGCAUGUGACCCAUGUGAACACCCAGCAAAACUGAGUUCCCAAUUAGGGGGGGUUGACAGGGACCUGUUCACCGUGUGGGCACUGGAGCCUCCUCAGCCCCUGCCUCCGCCUCAGAGCAGGUUGGACAGCUGUCGUAGGAAACAUCAGCUGCUGGAGAAUAUGAGCACAAGCAUUAAAUAA